GUGCGUGCGUGUGUGACAGAGAGCGAAAGAGCAAGAGAGAGCGAGAGUAAGCGUGCGUGUGUGUUCUGGUGAGAAGGGAAAUAAAAAAGACAGGAGACCGGGGGCAGCCAGCUCGAAGCGGCAAGCAACACCGAGCCAUGGAGGGCGACGUGCGUGUCCGAGCAGUGGUGAUGACACGUGACGAUUCUAGUGGCGGCUGGGUGCCCCUUGGAGGUGGAGGCCUCAGCCACGUUGUCAUCUGUAAAGGGAGGAGUUCCGAAAGCCAAGGGCAGAAGGAGUAUGUCAUACGUGGAGAGCGGCUGCGCGAUCGAGCACCCGUGCUCGAAUGUGCCAUUCAAAAGGGUCUGAUCUACAACAAGGUGAACCCCAUCUUCCAUCACUGGCGUGUGGAGGAGAGAAAGUUUGGCCUGACCUUCCAGAGUCCAGCUGAUGCCAUUUCUUUUGAGAAGGGCCUUCAAAUUGUCCUUGACAAGCUGGACAAAGGCUUUGACUCUCCUUCUUCCUCCACGCCAGAAGAAGGAGACACUGAAGAUGAUGGUCAAGCAUCUCACACAGGCAGUGAGUCGUCCUCCAACAGCAGAAAGGAGAUGUUGCCCAAGCCCAUCACCAUAGUGACUAGCGAGUCCUCCUCCACUUGCUUUGUCCGCUCUACAGCAGAGGAGUUUGGGUAUGGGGAAGGGCAUGCUGUCACUACUCAGACCCCUGCCCAGGUCCAUAGGCGGUCCUGCCAGCACCAGGUUUCUCAAGUAUCAGCUGUGUUGAACCCUCCAGCCCCUCCUCCCCCUCCUCCUGCCCCCCCAACCUCCCCUCUGGCACCCCCAGCCUCCUCGCCCUUGUCCCCACUCUCCCCUACCAUGUCCUUGCUGGAGGAAGGUGACCUACGCAGUAUUGAUCCAUGCAAGGAUUUAUGGGGCUCACGGGGUUACGAGGACUACCGACGUGCAGGGGCCACACGGACCAAAGUUGGGGGUCUGACGGGAGGCGUCAUGGUAGGAAGUGGGCCAGACAAGUCAGAGCUGUGUGUGGUGCACUUUGAGAAAGAACUGGCAGGUGUUGGCACUACAGGCUGUGAGGUCACUGUUAUGCUGGACACCAAAGGCUCUCGGCGCCACUCCUCCUCACCCACCUGUAUGCCUAAUGCUAUGUCUGGAGCAUCUCCUGCAAGUGGCUCCCCACAGGAGACGGGCAAAAGCUCACCCUCGCCAUGCUGCAUCCAUACUUCACUUGCCACACCCCGGUCUCGGACUCGCAAGAGAGGGGGCAGUGGGACCAGUGGGGGUGGAGAUGCCAUCUCACCCGAUGAUGACAGCCCAUGUCCACAAGGCUCGUCCUCCUGCUCAUCACGCUGUGUGUACUGUCGCUCGGUGUUUAGUGCCUCAGAGAAUGGACGUGGCCGCUGCCGGGAUGCUCCGGAUCCAGCUCUACACUGCCUACGCCAGUGGACUUGUGUAUGGUGUGCUGAGAGCCUGCUCUACCACUGCAUGUCAGACUCUGAAGGCGAGUUCUGGGAGCCAUGCUCGUGUGAAGACUCGCUGGGCCGUAGGCCACACCCACUCUGCUGUGCCGGCUGGAUGGCACUGCUGGCACUGUCACUCUUUGUGCCCUGCAUGUGCUGCUACCUGCCCCUGCGAGCAUGCCUGCGAUGUGGGGAGAGAUGCGGCUGCUGCGGUGGAAAGCACAAGGCUGUGCGGUGAGACCUGGCUUUCAGGGGAUCUGAGGCCAGGGAGAGGUUGUUGUGAUGGCAGGAGAGGGAAGGGAGAACACCAAAUUUUUUCAUUUAAAGAAUAGCUGUAGAGCAAGAUCUCAAACUAUCAUUAAAAAGUCCCUUUCCCCCCACGAUCCUCUGCUGCAUUCCGUUUGUACUCUACCAGGACCCUUAAUGGUGGUGCCAACACACAAUGCCCUGACAGCUUUGCAUUGUGCUCUUCAGAGAGACACGAAGAUGCAGGAAGAUGGCUCCCACCGCCAGCUUCUCUCAGCUCCGACUGACUGUUGUUAAGGCUCCCAGAAGGUGGAUGCUGAAAACACCAAUGUGUAAAGCUAGGUUAGGUUUUUUUGGUUGUUUUUUUUAGGAAGACAAUACAAAAUUACAAAAUGUAUAAUAUACCUUACUUUCCUUGACAUUGAGAGGUUUUUGUUUUAUAUAUAAUUUAUUAACAUGCUCCCUUUUUACCGAGUUUUGCCUCAAUGUUCCAGACAGGUUAGAGAGAUAGAAAAAAAAUCUAUAGAGAGAAAAAGCAGACAAAAUUACAUGCAUUGGCAUACAGAGGCAUAUUGAGUGGUCAGUGUGUCUUUGGAGCAGUUUCUGAAAAGGACAAGAGAACACUGUUCAGGAAAAAUUUGGAUUUGAUGUUACCAAGCAUGGAAGGUUGCUUAUGGGUAAGAUCACUAAAAUUGCAAUUUACAUACAUGUACUCUUUUCAGAAAAGAAACUGGUAUAGUAUUUCACUGUCAGAAACCAAACCUAUUUUGAAACUGCAAAAAAAGAAUAACAUAACAAUAUUAUAGAUAUCAUCAUUGGCCUUGAUGUGCAGAUUACAAAUUCAAUGUAAUUAAUAAUAUAAUGAAAAAUUAUAUUUUUAUUAGGACUCUAUUGAUAAGGAUAACUGGGGUCAGGGAAAAUACAGGCCUGUCAAAGAGAACAGGAAAUGUAAUUGAAAAAAGUGAAAGUGAAAACGGGUUAUGGUGUAGAAUCAAACACUCCAAUCUGUUCAGUCUGCUGAGUAAUAAGUCUGUAUCUGCAUAUGAAGAAACAAUCACUCAUUUGUUUAAUUUAUUGGUGUAUACAGAAUCCCAUAGGAGUUUGACCACUUUUAGUGUCAUUCUGUACAAUCUUGCUAAUUUGUCACUGUAAUCAAUUGCAAAGUGACCUUUUUAGAGAACUAGUAAUAUAUAAUUUAAGCUGAAUAUCAGUCCUGUUAAACCAAAACACUUUUGCAGUGAUUGUUUCAGCAUGAUCUUACAUUAUAUUCAAAUAUAAAUGUCUGUUAUUUUAUACAAAAUUUUACCAUUGAAAAUAUAAAUGUAUUAGUAUGAACCUCGGUCUUUUUGCAACUGAAUACAAUGUACAAAACUGCUAGUCACAGUAAAGAAUUUAGACAAAUCAGAUCAAACACUGCCUGUGAUCACAGACUGAACCUCACAGCUUAUACUAUAUAUCUGAUGGGACAUGGCUUUAAAAUAUUUGUCUACAAGCUGCUAUUUUAACACACACACC